CUUUUGUUAGGCAAACAGUAGAAUGUCAGGUGAACAAGAAGGACAAAUGUGUCACAGAGCCUUAAGCAACUGUAAGUACAAAUCUUUAAAUUUGCCCUUCAACGUUUGAAGGUAGUUGAAAUUAAAACAAAAGAUUUUGAAAUUAUUAAACAAGGUUCAAAGGAUUUUAAAUUAGCAAAUUUAUUUUUUCCAACGUUAGAUUGUAGCGUCAUCAACACUUAAUGUACAGAGAGCUUAAGGGUCAGUUCACACGAUAAAAUUUUCAAGUAUAAAUUUGAUGCAAUUUUUGUAGGAAGUCUUGUCACAACUUUCAAAUUUACUAUAUGAUCAAAUUGCCAUUUCUUUUUUCAACAAAAAAAAAAGAAACUACACACAAAAUAGUACGUUCAUACAUAAAUUUGACGCGAAAUUUGAAGCUAAUUUCAUCGUGUGAUCUGAAGCUAAAGAUCGUUCAAAAAUAUAUAUCAAAGGAGUUACAAUUUUUUCUAUUUAUACAAAAAUGAUAUAUGCAUGUGUAACAUCACUUUGUGCUUAAACCUAAAUAAUAUAUUCAUUGUGUUGCAUUACUUUAUGCUUAGGCAAAAAUUAUAUAUGAAAUGUGUUACAAUUAUUGGUGAUAAAAAAAUAUUUCUAGAAUAAAAUAUAGAUCUUGAUAAUUGAUAGUUAAAAAACAUAAAAAUAAUAUAUUAUCUUUUUAUGUCAAUUUUCAUAAUAUAAAAUUGAAUUAUAUAUUUUGUAAACCAACAGUACGAGAUUGGUGAUAUUACACAUUUUGUGAAGGCCUAAGCUUUUCAGCUUAUCACAAAUUAUUCAUUGCCUGGAGAUGACGUCACUUGGUGCAGACAGCAGGGCUUUUAUACAGCAGAAGUUGAAUGAAUUUCCCUGUUCUUUUAACAUUGGGCGAGCAAACUAUCAAAUUGAUGGCAGAGGCGUGGAUUGUACACGAAUUUGUGAAGUGCCCUGUGUUAAAAACACUUGGGAGAGAUAUGUCAGUUACGACAUACCUAACAGCAGUGACGAUACAUGGAUACCUCUUGAAUGGGAGCAGAAUUACAGAAUAAAAGCUUAUGUGGAAGUGGGAAGGUUUGAAGAGGCAAGAAAACUGAUAGAUGAAGUGUUGUACAAGACUGAGGAACAAAACAUGACGACAAUGGCUAAUUUGGCUGUUUUAUAUUUUGAGGAGGGCAAGGUGGAAGAGGCUGACGAUGUUGUGAAACAGCUCAAUGAACUUUCAUCACUCAUCUCAUUCAAAUAUUUGAAGGCAGACGCCUUGUGUGAGCAGGCUUAUUUCUAUUUUGAAUUUGCAAAUGCCGAAAAAAACAUAUCUGGUAUAGAGCUACUAAACUUUGCUUUGAAGUUCCCUAUUAGAUACAAACAUGAGGCUGAUUUGAUGUUAGGAAUUCUACACAGACGAUGUCUUCAUUGGAGCACGUAUGAUUUUGCCAAAGAAAAAAUUGACUUUGGUUUUUAUGUUAAAGAUGCAUUCAAAAUUUUGUCAGCGUUGCGGUACGAAAUAAACAUAAAAGAUAUUGUGAAAGCUCAUGCUCUAGUUGAGCUAGCAAUGCUUCGGAAUACUGUUACUUAUGUUAACAAUGAUUACACUCAGACAAUUGCUUUCAAUGGCACAGUAGAAACACUGUGUGAUGAAGCCUUGACACUAGCGCCUUCCUCAGCCAACGUUACAGCCAUAGUAGGUCAACUGAUGAGAUAUGUCCCUGGUCGAACUGAAACGGCGAAACAGCUGUUGGGGACAUCUCUGAACAUUAAGCCAACUGGACGCGCUUAUCACCACCUAGGAUUAAUCCUUCUCAAAGAAGCUAAGGAGUUUGAACAUAUUCAUGGCACAAGAGCAAUACGGACAUUGAGUUUACCCUUAGGAGAUAACAUCGAGCAAGAACUCAAUAUGGACCGGGUUCUUCAGAGACUACUCUCACAAGCAAAAGAAAUUCCUCCCUUUAGUUCUAAUAAUCCGUUUAUCCAGGACGCAACAGAAAAUCUUCACCAGUAUCUUUUGUAUUCAGCCAUUCGCACCAAAAUACCAGCCGUUGUUAGUUUAGGGCAUGCAUAUAUUCGAUGUCGGGCAUACGAUCGGGCACUUGAGAUCUAUGAUCGUCUGAAUGCAUGUGACACAGAUUGGGUACAUAAGAUGGUCCUUGCUUACGGUCACCUAAUGUCCACUCUUUGCUUGCUGCUUAAGUCAGAGGUGGAAACAAAUGAGACUCAAACAAAGACAAUCCGUGACAAAUGCCUUACUUUGUUAAUAAAAGCUGUGAGUCUUUGGGAGGAAAUUUCCGAGGCUGAGGUGUCGAGUUUUGAACCGUCAAAAAUCUUGGAAUCGUUGAGACGUAUUCCAAAAUACCACGAUGUUCCACCAAAUCUGCUCCCCAAAUUGAAUUUCAAAGGGCAACACAAUGCUUAAAUAUUUUUUUCUAUCGUAUGAAUAACAUUUCUAUACAACAAAAUAUUCUUUAAAUAUUCAUAGUGGGUUUUGUGAUUACUUUAAAAAUUAGUUUUAGGCUGCUGAACCUUUGACUCGAACCUCUUGAAUGUAUUUUUGGUGGCAUUUGAUUCAUUAUACCACAAGGGUCAGAUAUCAUCCUUGCAACCACGACCCGACCAGAUUGUAAGGCAGCUCUAUGUCACUCAAAUGCAUGAGCAUUAACAUAUACUGAACUUAGCUACUAGUAUUAAUAGACUCAUCAAUAACUCAAGUAAUAUCGCUAAAAAAAAACUACCUUCGCUUGCAGAACUAUUUAAAGCAAUUUGCAGUUGGUGAAAUCAAUAAAAAUGGUGGGUACAUCCCAGUUUUUUCCUCACAGAUACCUAAGAUCACAUACCAAUCUCUUCUUAAAAGAUGCCUAAGAUCACAUCAAAAUCUCUUCAUCACAGAUGUCUAAGAUCACAUCCCACCCACUUCAUAACAGAUAUUUACGAUCAGCUCUAUCAUGUCGAAUCUCUCCCUCUACGUUAAGAUCGAAAGCUAUACAAUUUCAUUUCUUCCCCAAACCUUCAGAAUUUACAGUAUGCUCUCCCGGCUGUUGCAAAAUCUAGAGCAUCACUCUUAACAUUAAUGUCACCUACCGAGUGAAGCCUUUUGACAUAUGGAGGCUGAUUGUUGUGAUUGAGAAAUUUAAAAAGACCACUUAUGUUUGACAAAUACUUAAGAUCAAUUGUGUCUAGGUAACGUGAGUUUGGACCACUUGCGUUUAUUUAACUUGUGUUUGAGAUAGAGACCGACCAAAUUUCGGCUUCGGUUUCGGCGCCGAAAGUGGCCAUUUGAUCACUUUCGGCCUAGUUUCGGUUUAGGCCAAAACUGAAAAGUUAACUUUCGGCUUAAUUUCAGUUUCGGUCGAAAGUGACUGAGGUUUUCGGUCAUCUAUCCCAAGUCAGACAGUCUGUCUCUAGGCCGACAAUCUGAUAUUCAUUAGUACUCGACAUAUUGCCGUCAUAGUAUGUUAUAUGACUAAUACUCAGCGAAAGCUGCCCACAGCUGCAUGAUGACCUACUGGUCCUAUAUUUCCAAAAAAAAGUACAUUUCAAUUAGGCAUAGACUAAUGUCAGCAGUUUUGUGGAAGAUAAACUUAAGGAAAUAGUAAUAUUUAUAUCAUUAUUUUCGUUUUAAUUUUUGUUUCAAAAAUAAAAUUUGGAGCUGUCACAGAUAAUAAUGAUUUACAAGGGAGUUAAGUGAGGUGAGAAUUAUGACUUGUAAUUUAUAAAGUAUGGAACUUGGUAAGACGAACCAAUCAGUGAAGAGGAGAUACAAGAAAAAAAUGGCGACAUGGCGGUUAUUUUAAGUCCAUGUUAUUAAUGCUAUGUGAUAAGAUCAUGAAUAGAUUGUGAUUGUGACGUUAUCAAGUGGAGAAGAUUUAGUCUAAGUGUUCUUUAAGAUCAUUACAAGUAUUAUCUAGUUAUGCUUAUUAUUGUGAUUACGUAUUUAUUGUGUUCCCUACUGGAACAGGGAACUUAAAGAACUCGUGAAGCGAAGAGCAAAAGCCUGAAAACAAGCCGCAAGAAAGAAGACGCCUGCAGCUCAAGCAGACUACAACUGACUUACGGCUGAGGUUCGGGCGGCUGUCCAAAAAGGCGAAAAAGUCAAAAUAGGUAAGCGCGUGUGAAAAGCUCAACCUCCAAGACGGUAGGAAAGUGUGGAGCCUGCUUGGAAAUCUCUCUGGUGUGGGGAAGGCCAAAAACCCACAUCCAAUUAAAACCGCGGAUGGCGUCGAGGCGAGCGACGCAGAGAGGGCAAAGGCACUAAACGUUCACUUUGCCGCAGUGAUCAAAAAGACCAGAGAGACCGAAGAGCACCGCAACAUCCAAUGGCUAAGGAAAAGGGGAGCUCGAACCCAACGCAUUGGGCCCCAACCAGAGCUUUUCACAACUCCCCUCACAAUGGAAGAAUUGCGAACCCCACUAGACAAGUGUAGACCAGCCAAAGCACCAGGGCCUGACAGGGUACAUAACGAGAUGUUGACCCACCUAGGGAAACAGGGGAGAGAGAUUUUGCUGGCUCUCAUAAAUAAUACCUGAGCCACAGGCACCCUGACAAAAAGUGGAAAAAAGCCACAGUCAUCCCAAUUCCCAAAGAAGGAAAACCAGGCCAUCUACCAAGCAGCUAUAGGCCAAUCUCGCUAACAUCUUGUGUGGGGAAGGUAGCAGAACGAAUGGUAAAUGGACGAUAAUGCUGGUUUCUUGAGAAAAACAAGUGCCUACCACCGACGCAAGGUGGCUUCCGAAAGGGUCGACAACCCAUGGAUCAGGUGACCCGUCUAGCCCAAUCAAUGACAAACGAGCUCCAGAAAAAGAAUCACUCGGUAGCAGUUUUCUUUGACCGUAAGCAAGCAUAUGACCGAGUAUGGCACACAGGCCUCAUGUACAAAUUUCAAAAGCUGGGAAUCACAGGCAACAUGACCGAAUGGGUGGAAAACUUUUUAAAGGACAGAACUAUCACCCCACGGGUUGGCGAUAGUAUAUCAGUCCAAUUAGUCCUUGAGGAUGGACUCCCACAGGGGUCUGCCCUCAGUUGCACCCUAUUCCUAGCCUAUGUAUAUGACUUGCAAGAGGAAUAAGAAUCCGAAAAAGCAAUGUUUGCAGACGAUUUAACCAUGUGGAGCUCGGGGAGGAAUGUCAAAGAUCUGCAGAACCAGCUGCAAGGCGACCUCGACAGAACAGAAGCCUACACGAGACUGUGGAAAAUGGUCGUCAAUACGGACAAGACGGUGGAUUCCAAAUUCAACAACGGAAGAAACGCACUGAAGGUAGAAGCGAAAUUGACAAUAAAUGGGAAAGAGUUGCAAUGGGAUCGGACUCCAGUUUACUUGGGCGUGAAGCUGGACCAAAACUCCAGCUUCAUAACCACGUACACGAACUGUGGGCUAAAACCACACAGAAGUUAGGCCUAGUGAAGGAGUUGGCAUGCACCGACUGGGGCGCGGACGCAACACUACUGAGAUCGCUCUAUCUCAGUAUGCUGAGGGGAGCCAUGGAUUACAGCCUCCCAGUUCAAACCUUCGCGAGCCGAACGGCUCUAGAGGAACUGGACCGCAUCCAAAACCGAGCUCUCAGGUUUGUUUGCGGGGCGAUACGCACAACACCGACGGCCGCGGUGGAAGUCUUGGCAGACGCCGAACCACUCGAAAUCAGACGAGAAAAGGCAUUCCUAACGACAGUGGAACAGUAUCGUCGUAUGGACAGAAACAAACCCUGUUUCAAACUGCAGAAUGAAUGGGUAAGGAAGACCAGAUUAAAGAGACCGUCCUUCAUGGACACGGUCCAUCGCCUUGAGGAAGGUGUGGCCUUACCCGGAAACAGAGAGAAAGUGAAGGUCAUCCUGGCAAGGGGACCUCACGAGAGCCUAUCCCGGCCUGAUAUACGCCUUACCUUGACCAACACCAAAGCCAACAGAGCCAGCCCUCCCGCAGAACUAUCAGAGGCAGUGCUUAGAACGAUUAACGCUUACCUGGACAGUCAGGUGAAAGUCUUUACAGACGGCUCAUGCUUCGCGAGAGAAAGUCACAGUGGCUACGGUACCCUUAUCCAGUAUCCCGCGGAGAUAGCUCCACCCGAGGAGCUAUCCGGCCCAAGCGGAGGAAACAGAACAAGCCUGGAUGCGGAGAUCGAGGCAAUACUGGUUGCUCUGAAAAGGGUCCACCAACGCCUGGCAAAACGAAAACGCUUCCCAGACGUAGUGGUUUUCUCCGACUUACAAUCAGCUCUCGAACACAUGGGAAGGGGCUCGAAGGAAACCACAAUGAUAGGUACCAUUCUGCAGACAGUAGGCAGCAUCCAGGCAAAAGGCGGCAAAUUAGUUCUGCAGUAUAUCACUUCGCACGUUGAGGUGGCGCAGCCAGACAGGGCGGACUUCCUAGCCAAAGAAGGCGCGUCUCAACCCCAGCCAAAUAAACCAAUGACCCAGUUGGGGGUCACGACAUGGCUGAAAGUCCACUUUCGGGACAAGUGGUUCGGCAGGUGGGACGCAGGAGAAACCGGACGACAGCUGCACCGGAAAAGACCGCGACCGAGCAAGACCGACCCAUGGUGAGGACUCAAGAGAGGAGAACAGAGCCUCAUAACCCAAAUGAGGACUGAAUACUGCGCGACACGCAGCAUCUUCACAGACUAGAUGAUCGAAGGGAACCAAACUCCAGAUUCUGUGGCGAGGCAGAAGAAACAGUGGCUCAUGUGGUCAUCACGUGUCCUAGUUGGGGGACGAGGGCAAACGGGCGAACCUGGAAGCCUGCCUUGAAGAUAUGAUUUACGGGGAUGCCCAGCAGAUGAGACUCGCCGCCAAAUUAGUAGCCAGGGCUCUAAGAGACUAAGUCUCAGCCCAACAGAGUAUUGACAUUUAUUAGUCCGCGUUUAAAAUGGUUCUUACCAUUUUAAUAACCAUACAAAUAUAUAGAAACAUAAUAAAAAUCAAAAUUAGACUAGUCGUUGAGAUUCGACUGAAACCGUCGUGGAGAGUCACGUUAUACAUAACUUUCGGCCUAUUUUCGGUUUCGGCCGAAAAUUAUUUUUAACUUUCGGCCCAGUUUCACUUUCGGCCGAAUUCAGAAUAUCACUUUUGGUCAGUCUCUAGUUUGAGAUAUACUUAAGGUCACCUGUAUCUAGAUCAUUUUUUUUAUACCUUGUAUUUUGAUCACUUGUGUAUCAUUUUUCUUUUUUUAUAUAAAAAAAAUAUUAAAGAAUUAAUGAAAUAAUUUUGAUUAACGCAACUUUAUAUUUCCAUAAAUAGUUUAAUAUUACAUUUAUCGUAUGUCACAGUUUAUUGAGUUGUUUUAAUAAUGAUUUUUUUUAAUGUUGUUUGAAAUACUAGGUUAACUAGGCUGGAUAAAUAAAUUUACUAAAUAAUAUAGUGAGAGUUUGAGCACAUCAAUCUUUUUUUUUUCCUUAACUUCUAAAUCCACGUUCUAGAUUUUAAACAACGAUUUUAUUCUAUUCGAUUACACUUUAAACAGUUUAAUAUGUUUAAAUAUGAUCAAACAUUUCCUAUGAGCUGUGUAUAUGUUAACACAUAGAGUUAUUACAUUUACCUAGAGAGUAAGGACAUGUUAACACAUAGACUACAACAUUUACUUAAAGAGUUGGUACUUGUUAACACAUUAAAGUUGACAUUCGACCCCUAUCGAUCACUGGUAUGUUGUCUGCUCAUCUGGACCACGUUUGCCCUGAGCCCCAUCACCGCCACCGCUGACCUCCAAUUCUUUUGUUGUCGUGGGGAGCUACCCGGAAGGGAGAGAACUCCGUCCUUUUGGAUUGUGACUUAUGUCAUAGCCGCGAGAAAUAUUAAUUCCCCUGUUGACCUCACAGCGUUCAUCAUGCCCAGCGCCCAUUCAAACGGCAGCGCCACUGGAAAUUAAAGUAAAUCAUCUGACUCAUGGGUGGCCCAUAAAGAAGCCGAAUAUCAUGAUUCUUUUUUUAUUUUAUGUCAUUUUCUUCUUAAAAUAUGUGUGUGUGUGGAAAUGUGUGAGUUUUGUUCUUUUUAUUAUUAUUAUUAUUUUAUUAAUUUUUUGCUACUGUCGUUAGACCGCAGUGGUCUCACGUUGACAAAAUAUUAUUUGUUUCUUUUGAUGUGUACACAUUUUUUGGUCUAAACUAUAAAACGAUAAAAGAUAA